GUUGACACAGAUUCACACUGAGUGUAUUUAGCAGCACCACACUUCCAGAACUCAAUUAUCUCCUACUUCGACCUAUGUGGUAUCAACCACUUGAAAGUUGAUGUUGGGAUGGUGAUUAAAACAAAGCCUGACCUCUUGAGUUCAUUUUGAUUUAGGAUGUAGCGCAAGGACGUACGUGCGACAGAUGACCUUGUGAUGCUAAAUUAGUUGUAGGUCUAAUAGUAGGAGUUUGUUACAUAAUAAAAUACCACUCCAGAUAAAUUUGACUAGGAAUUUUAACAAACAUAGUUACAGUAAAAGACGGAUUUUACAAAAGUACGUGAGUACUUAAAAAUUGUCAGUUCUAGUGAUAUAAAUCUGGUAAGUUCUAACUCCGAGUCCAGAAUAAUGUCUGUCGGUUAUUUCUCUUAGUAUCGUGCUAGUACGAUUAACCCAUGGGUCAUCCUGAGACCAUCUCCUUAAAUUUAGUCGGUGUUUAUAAUAAGUUCAAUGGAUGUGCAAACGGUGACGAUGUCAUGUUGUUAGAGUAUUGUGAGGCAUACUCAGAAGUUGCUAAACUCCUUGUGUAUUUUGGAAACCUUUUUUACUUUGUAAGUAGUGAUGUAAACCACAAAAUAUCUGACAUUCGUGCAUUACAUGUGGCUGAUAAGAAGAACUACGGUUCAGUCAAACAAAUGGUUGACUAUGAGGAGAAACAUCACGAUCCCAUAAAAAAGAAAAUGUGUUAUGGAUGUCGCACUCUUCUGCGGCUACACCGAGCCCUCCUCUUUGUGAUUGAGUUGAUGCAGGAAGUGUGUACAGCUCCACCUGAUGAACAAUUGAGGAACAUCGCAAGGUCGGUAUACGAAAAAACUCUAGCUCAAUAUCAUGCAUGGGCUGUUAGAAAGGCUGUUAGCGUGGCUGUAUACGCUCUACCUACAAGGGAACAAUUAGUUCAGCAUAUCGUUCAAUCUCAACCUCGUGAAAAUGGAUUAUUUACACGUGAACAAUGCCAAGAAUUUUUAAACACGCAUACUCUACCUAUUAUGCGAACAGUAUAUAAUUGUGUUCAAGUUAUCUUUGAAAAACACAAUAUGCUAAAUUUACCGUGAACUCUUUUAUAAUUAUAUUUAUCUUAUUUUAUCUGUUGAUAUUAUCUUGAAGACUUCAAAUAUCGGAAUAAAACUGUCUGUCUUUAAUAAUGAGAGAAAAUCUUAUUUUAUUUUUAUAAUCUCUCUCCCUUAUUUUGUGUCCAUUUUUAUUUUACAUUCAGGACGUUGCGUAAUUUAAAAUUGAGCAAAUACUAGUCUUUGGAAACAUGCAUAAAAGCUUAAAACCAUUGAGUGUGUGUAUGUGUGUGUGCGUAGACAGUCUACAUGAAUUACUUCUGUGAUAUCCAUGUUAUUAUGUACACUUGGUAAGCUUUCAGUUUACUGGUGUAUAAAAAAUUAUUUUUUGUAUUGAAAACGUUGAACAAUUUCUGAAAUACGCAUUCCGUUUUCUUUCCAUAAUUGUAUUCUUGUUUUUGCUCAGCGUGCAGUCAUUAAAAUGAAGAAAUUCUUAAACAAGAAGUUUUGCAAACGUAACUAACUCCUAAG